AAACUUCACACCGGUGUGCGCUCUCAAAACAAAUACGUGCUCGCUAGAACCUAUUGUUUAUCAGUGCGUUAAAACCACAUUUUAUCUUACCGUUUCUUUAAAAUAAAUCCAAAUAGACUCUCAUUAGUGCUGAUUGUCGCUAAUAAGAACCCUCGUUUACCCCGCGUCAGUUAUAUCUCGCCACAAUGGAAGUCGAGCCCAUCGCUUCCGAACUAGAAAACGUGGCGGCGAGUGACACUGAUAACGCGAAGCCGGCGGACGAGGGCGCCGGAGACGCCGCGACAUCUCAUUCUGAGCGUCUGAAACGCCGUCAUAGAAAUAAGAAGCUCGCAAGAACCAACAGCAAGGAGGGCGGCGUAAGCACGCCGACGCCGCUCCCUAGAUAUCGAAGCUGGAAAAAUAGCCGCCGACCGCGCAAUGGCCACGGGCGCGGACUGCCUAAAAAAGGAGGCGCCGGCGGCAAGGGCGUCUGGGGAGCCCCGGGCUCCGAGCUGCUGGAGGAGUACAUGGAGGACGAGAACGACCCCAACUACGACUCGGAGGCCGUAGCCAACGGUGACAUCGAGUUCAAGCAGGUCAUUGUGGAGGCUGACCCUGAGGAGAUCAUUCGCAAGUCAGAGCCCGUGAUCCUCGAGUACUUCGAGCAUGGCGACACCAACGCGGCCGCCGAGGACUUCCUGGAGUUCGUCACUGCCAAGCGAAGCCAUCUCGUCUGCGAGACCAUCAUAGAGACGGCCUUGGAACAUAAGCCGAGCCACUGUGAGAUGGCCUCUGUACUCGUGUCCGAUUUGUAUGGAAGGGUGUUCUCCGCCAAGGAUAUAGCUUUAGCAUUCGAGCGCUUGCUGGAGAAACUGCCCGACUUGGUUCUGGACACGCCGGACGCAGCAGUCCUGUUGUCCAACUUCAUCGCGCGAUGCGUGGCCGACGACUGUUUGCCGCCUCGUUUUGUGUCGCAGCAACGUGAUACACCACUCAAUGCUGCCGCCAGGCAAGCGAUCCACCGAGCUGAGACACUGCUCUCCAUGAAGCAGGGUCUUGUCAGGCUCGACAAUAUUUGGGGCGUCGGUGGCGGCAUCAGGCCAGUGAAGUCCCUGAUCCGGCAGAUCCAGCUGCUCCUCAAGGAGUACCUGACCUGCGGGGACCUGGCCGAGGCCAUGCGCUGCGUGCGAGAGCUGGAGGUGCCGCAUUUCCACCACGAGCUGGUAUAUGAGACUAUUUUGUUGGCGUUGGAGACAGUCAACUCCUCGGUGGAGGAGCAGCUGUGCACUUUCUUAGCUGAGCUGAGGCGGUGUGUCAUCGUCACUCCUGAUCAGAUGGACCGAGGCUUCCUCCGCGUGCUGGAAGACAUGUCGGACAUCGUGCUGGACGUGCCGCUGGCCUACAUCAUGCUGGACCGCUUCCUCGAGCGCUGCCAGCAGAAGUUCAAGCUGGGGGACGUGGUCAUCAAGCGCAUGCCGAGCAGAGGCCGCAAACGCUACGUGUCUGAGGGCGACGGUGGCGCCAUCAAGGACCACGCGCUCAAACUGCGCGAGUAAACUGCGUUCCGCCGUCGCACACAUACACACACACACACACACACACAUGGGUCAUACUGGAGUGGCACUGAAGACUUAUUCUUGAAAAUUCAGAACGGGAGAGAAAUGCUUUUAGAAGUUAUGAGGGAACAUAUGAACAUACAUGCAUACGUGCAGUCACCGGGAAUAAUGUCGCACAAAAAUAUGGCCGAUAAUCUAACUUAGGUUAAAAAAAUUAAAUUUUUGAAAAAUCCCCCGACCGCGACAUAGUGGACUGAUUUUCAUGAAACAUGGCUAAGAACACUCCCGACUAAUUCAGCUUUCAAACAAAAAAAAGUAAAUCUAAAUCGGUUCGUCGAUUUGGGAGCUACGAUGCCACAGACAGACAGACAGUCACGUCAAACUUAUAACACCCUGUCGUUUUGCGUCGGGGGCUAAAUAUCUCACACAUUCUUGUUUCUAGAGCCAUAUCAGCGAGACACAUGUUUGGGCAACCUUAUCUUUUUGUUCGAUGUUUUUGUUGGUGACUGUAUACUGGUCAAAAAGACCCAUAUUUUGCACGAAAAUUUGGAAAAUGGCGUAAUUUUAUACCAAAAUGACAUUAGUUGUCUUAUGUUCUAAACUUUCGGGUAUAAGUGAUGUGUAAUUUUACGUAUGGCCUAUCCAUAAUAUUCACAGUUCCUGUACUAAGCGAUGUGGCGAAAUCAAAUUUUGUAUCGCUUUUUAUAGACAUAUACUGUUCUAUAGUACACAAAUGUAUACAUAGCACCUAAAGGUUGGCCGAUGAAAGUUUCAGAAAUCCAUAGUGGCAGGUUAUAUGCCAGGAAGCCAAAAAUGAAUAUCGAAUACAUAGGAAACUAAUAAAAUAAUAGAAGUACAAGUACAACUCUGUUCUUGCUGGGCAGUAAGGUUGCCAGAGCUCAACAUAAGUAUGCUGUAAUUCUUGACUUGCAGGCGUCCGUAGCCUACGGGUGACUACUUACCAUCAGGUGGUUCGAAUGCCUGUUUGCCACCAACGUACAGGCUGUUUUUACUCUUUGUAACUUGAACCCUUAGAACUUGUACACUCUUUUUUGCUGUGUAUUUUACACAGCAAAAAGAAGGAGUGUACAAGUUUUUAAUGGUUUGGCAACGCGCAUGUGACACUCCUCGAGUUGCAGACGUCCAUAGGUUACGGUGACGGCUUUCCAUCAGGCGGACCGUAUGCUUGUUUGCCACCGACGUAGUAUUAAAAAAAAACUUGAAAAACUACGGAUUUCUGAAAUACUUUCAUUGUUUAACUAAGAAGUACAACUGACAGCAAACAUGACAAGCAAUGAUGUAAGCGUACAUAUAAAGCCUAACUAAAACGUCUAAAGACAAAUAUAUUUACUGUUUGGUUGCGUAGUGAAUGUAAGAUAUAUAGCUUUUUUAGGGUGGAAAACUUUUUACCGUUGCCAUGGUUACCGUUGUCUAAGGAAAGAAAAGAAACUUAUUUUCGUUGUAUAAGGGCAUUUUUAGAAAUUGGAACCCUAAAUUAGUGACGGUUGUUAACAAAAAUGAACUCGAUGUCAGUUUUGUGACGACAAUUAAUUUUGUAACCAACUUUUUUAUGUUCUUAAUGUAGAUUACUGCUUAUAGUUUAGGUAAUUAACACAAAAGCAAUUUUAUUGAAAUUUCAUGCCUAAUAAAAUUAUUGUCACAAAACUGACAAUGAGUUAAUUUUUGUUAACGACCUACGCUAAUUGAGGGGGUCCCAAAUUCUGAAAAUGCCCCCUAAACAUGUUUGUGGUUGACAAUUACUUGACAUAACUUUUUUUUGACAAACUAAACCACCCUUCUUUGACAACCUGACAAUACGAAAAAAGUUGAUCCACCCAAGUAAAUUUAAAGUUAAAAUAUAGUGGCAAUUAGCAAUGCAGUAUAUUGUUAAGUAUUGAUAAUGAUAAUUUAAAUAAACUUAAAAUACGAGUAAUGGUCACCAAAUGGUGAUUUUCGAGCGAUGAAAUAUCGUCAAUUUCUGACUAAUAUAUUGACUUAGCCACUGCUUUUAUACUUAAAAAUAAUUGACAAAUGUAAGAAUAAAAAGUAACAGCUUAUUUAAAGGUUAGUGCUUAAAAAUGUAUUUCAUGUUUAGUACAAAAAUGUAGAACCUUUUUUUAUGCGUGCGACGGCGCGCAGUGUUGUCAGCCCUGUAUUUUAAGAGUAGACGGUUUUUUAAUUUACAUUACACUGGGUUGCCAUAAUAAAAUACAUAUAAAUUUAAAAAAAUUGAGAAAUGUGAAUUGAUGUUUAAAGUUUUUUACUGUAUGAGUAAUGAAGGUUAAGAAACUGUUUACUGUUUUGGAUAUUAAUUUUAUAAAAGAUAAUACUUUCUAAGUUGUAUGUAAUCAAUUUUACGAUUUUUUCACAUGAGGCGCGGGGGUUACAAAAAGUGUAUUAUCAGUAUCAGUAGCACCGGCAUUCUUUUUUUUUAAUCAAUUACUUUGCAUUUACUGCAAAAUAUAAAGUGUGAAAUCUGUCAAAUAGAUUUUAGAAAAAUAGUAGACUUCGAAAAUUAUUAUAGUUUAAAACGUCGUUCGUUACACGUGCGAAAAUGUCAUUCUUCACUCGUCCCGAGGCUAGUGAUAUUCAGAAAACUUCUUCCUUUCAGAAUAUCUCGGUCCGUUAACAACUACUGUUAUUGACACAAAUUAUGGUGUUUUCUUGCUGCUUGCCUUAAAGCUGUAACAGACAAACGGACCGGACUUGGAUCAAACCAUAGAGGAAUAAGUAACGGAAGAGUUGUAACUCCAUACAUCCGUAAAUGCGAGUUAUUUGUAUAGGCAUAGUUAAGUGACAUCUAGCGACAAUCACGCGUCAACUAGCGUAAAUUAUCAGUACUUCUACUUAUCAAUAGACACCAAUUUUUAGUUAAUAUUACAAUAAUAUUAAUCAGUAUUCUGUUUUCAAUUCUUUCUGCUUGUAUUAUAAACUGUUCUAAUAUUAAAUUUUUGGCAGACGAGACACUAUUGACACCUAGUGUCGAAUAGUGAUACUGAUAAUUCAGCUAUUUGACGCGUGAUUGUCGCUAUAGAUGUGACUAUAACUAUGCCUAUACAAAUAACUCGCAUAUACCAUAAUUUACUGAUGUAUCGAGUUACAACUCUUCCCUUAUUUCUCUAUGAUCAAACGGAGACGGUUCGCCAUUAGUCCGUCAAGGACGCAGCUAUAAGUGAGAGCGAAAGAUUUGCUGACGUGAUAAAAGUCACGGUCUGGUGCGUUCGUCUGUUACAGAUUGUCUACUUGUCUCUCACUACAAAAAGGGCAUCCUUAUUUUUAUGUUACUCCGCGCGCUCUUGUCACGCGUUGAUAUUUUUUAUAACGUCUAGAGACGUUUAGAAUAGGUGUUUUAAAUUUUUAUAAAGUCCCAUACUGGGUUUGUUGUGGGGUAAACAUGCUUUUUUUUUAAAUACACUCGCUCUUCGCCAAAAUUGCAUAGGUACAUUAGGUACACAUAUAUUCCUUAACACUGACUUUAAAAUGAAUAUAGACUUUCAAAGAUUAUCCUUUGUAGAAAUCACAGAAUGAAACAUUGUAUGAAACCAUAGCUUAAAUAUAAGAUCAUACCAUCCGCGCAUACACUACACUACACCAUACAUAGAUGGCGUUACAAAAAUGCCUUGUUGCCAUAACAAGCCAGCCCUUCGAGCCAUAAAUCUAUGUCAAAAGUGACACUUAACGCCAUCUACAAGUAUAAUCAAAAGCUACAAGACGGGACUUUCGAUUGACCCAUGGAACAUGGCGGAUCGUCCUCCGAUGUAUUUUUUGCAUUCUGCUGUUUAAUGUGUAAGUUUGAUAGGAUAUUAUGCAGUGAAUAGCCUGCGCAAAGAGUGCAUUUAAUGAAGAAUUCUUUUGGAGAUACGAAUAACCAAUUCUACGGACACCACUCGGCAGUUCGUGGUCCCGGCCGCCAUCAUGCUUUGUACUGCUGCUCCAGCUAUCCUCCAGUUCAUCGCGAAAACUACUUAUACUGUUUUAUAUAUCUCUGUAAUUUACUUGACACUGGCAAAGUGCCCUGGUAGCAGAAAGCCAUUAUUUAAAAAAAAAAAAAGCUACAAGACAUUUUUUGUGGGCGCCAUCUAUGUGUGGUGAAGUAUAUGCGCGUUCUUAGGCGGUUGCAUUUUAAUGUAUGGGAUGGUAUGAUUGUCUUAUAUUUAUUCUAUGAUGAAACCGAACUUAACAAAAGUUUUCCAAUAGGGUAAAAUAUAGAUGCAUUUGGGUAAGAUUGAAAAGUUUAUUUCUCGGAGUGGUAAUACGGAAUAUCGUCCGUAGCUAAAAGCUAAACCUUAAAAAAAACACUUUAAAUCUUAUCCCUAUACACUUAUAUUCUUCCUUUUGUAAUUUUCAGAAUCUGUCCAUUCGAUUUCGUGAUGUACAGUCAAGUGUAAAAAUAUGGGUGUACACAUGUUACUCAAAAAUAUGUCCCAUAGCACCUUAGUUCGGUGUAAUAAGAGCGUAGUACCAUAUUUUUGAGUCGACUUUUUCGAUACUUAUUUUUGCACUUGACUGUACUUUUCGUUAUUUUCAAAAGGUUUUUGAUCUCAAAUUUGCAAUUAAAUGUUUUUAUUUUGCCAUUGGCACAUUGAAGCGAAGACCCUACAACACCCGUUUAUGUAGAAGCGAGAAAGAGCUUGGUACUUUCUGGUUAUUUUCGGGCCGCACGGCAAUUCAUUUUUUGUCCCAUGACGAGUUUGUAAUACAAUCAUUUGGAAGAAUGCAUAUAUCUGUGCAAAGAUAUAGACAAACUCGAUCAAAAAUUAAAAAAAAAAAGUCUUUUUGAGCAGUCUCAAAACCCAUCUUACAGGCCAGCAACGCAUCUCCAACCUUUCUGGGUGUCCAUGGGCGGCAGUGAUCGCUUACCACGACCUGUUUGCUUGUUUGCCUGCUAUCACAUAAAAAAAACUCAAGCCAUAAGUUGAGGGUCACUGAAACUUAUUGUUUAAGUAGGUUUUUAUGUAUGGAAUUCUAAACUUAUUUCUGAGACUGGUCAUAGACGAGCAUUUUCCUCAUUUCCCCACCACGUUGCAUUUGGCCGUGCGGCCUGCAGUCAUUUAGGUGCCUGUCCUGCCGAGGAUGAAAUGUGAUUUAUUUUGACUGGUGAACGUUUUGAGUCAGCGAUUGGCUAGUUUGUUAAUAAAUAAAAAUAAAUAGAGGAUAUUUCAUA